AUGGAAAACAAAAAUAACUCAACGUUCUCUGAAGAGGAAAUGUUCGUUGCCGGGGCCCUCCUAGAACUGCGGGAAGGUAAUCAGCAAGAAGCUAUAUUGCAAAUGGGACCCGUGGAACGCGAAGAACUGGAGGAGCCCAUACAACCCAUGGCACUCGUUGAACCCAUGGUAGUUAGAGAACCUGUAGUAGUUAUGGAAGCUGUGGAUCCCAUGGGACCGGUGGUGCUAGUAGAACCUGUAGAACCUAUGGAAUUCAUGGCUGAAGCCGUAGCAGCAAUGGUGAACAACAAUAAUGAUAGAAUGAUGCCUAUCGGUUCCGGCAGAACGUUGGUGCCACAAAGAAAGUUCAGGAAAGUUAAGUGGACCUCGUACACUGUAGCAACCCGCACGCUGCUGGUGGCGGUGUUCCCAAGGCGUGUUAACUCGUUACGUCCUAUAGUGGGCAGUGUAUCGAGAAAUAAUGAUCCAAAUGCUAUGACCACGUCUGGGUUGCUCGAGUGGGAGUUUUCCCUGCCAUCAGAUCAGAUAAUAUCUCACGGCUGGUACCACGGAGCGCUGAGUAGAACAGCCGCGGAGAAUUUGUUGCAACAGGACCGGGAAUUCCUCGUGAGGGAUUCAUCAUCACAACCUGACAACUACGUGCUCAGCUGUAGGUCGAAUGGACAACAUCUGCACUUCGUUAUACAACGGAUCGUCGUCCACCCAGACACGGUUUACGAAAGACACCAGUACCAAUUUGAAGAUGAAGCUUACGACACAGUCGCAGAUCUCAUCACCUCGUACGUGGGAUCAGGAAAACCGAUAUCAGCCGCUUCUGGUGCCAGAAUCCAGUAUCCCGCCAACCGAGUCUCGCCCUUGACGAAUUAUAUUCAGAACGAUGAUAUCAGCUCAGUCGUCUCUCCAGUCACAGACAGCUCAUACGGGAACCCCUAUAGUCUGUACAGUCACUUUGCAGCGAAGCCAGGGAUGCAGCUGAGAGUGCCUUUCAAGAAGCAACGAUCUCAUUCUCUAACGCCCAUAGAUAUGGGGCAGCAUGUCACGCAUGGCAAAAGUGCUAGCGCUGAUGGAGUGAUUCAAAGUCAGACGAGCAUGGUUGGCAAAAACUUCUGUGAAUCAAAUUCCAGUUCAAGUACAUGGGAUGCCAAUCUUCCUACCAGUCCUCCAGCCAAGCCCGCCAGAUACGACGGCCCAAAAGCAGAUGACAGAAGAUUAGAACUUCAACGACUGUAUCAGGUUUCAGGCUCCGAUUCAGGCAAUGGGUCUGGAGACUCAACGCAGAGCUCAGCGCACAGUGAUCCAAAUAAAUCCAGGAUGGAAUCUGAUUAUCAUCUUGUAACACCAACAAUAAAACAACAGUUUGAUUAUGAACUUACAGAAGCAAAACUGUUACAGUCUGAAAAUUUGGAUUACGUGGUGGAUUCAAGAAUAAAUCUAGAAAACUUCCAAUCACAGAUUAUACCGACAGGCCUUACGAAACCACUUGAAUCUGAGACACUGCAUACGAUCAAAUUGUUACUGCGGACUUCAGGACCGCGGAUUUUGGCAAAUCACAUGACAAAGGUCGAUUUAUACUUUUUGUUCGACGACACCAUUCAAAUUGAAGGACUUGACAGGACAGCAUCGGGAUUGGAACUCUUGUUUUUGCCUCAGGGGCGACCUCUGCGUUUGGAUAUAAUUGAGAGGAUUGAAACUUUCCGCCUGCUUAUAGCUGUAACGAUACUGACCUGCCAAACGGACAGACAGCGCGCUGACACUAUCAAUGACUGGAUUUUACUUGCUAUUGAAACAAAAACUGCUUUGGGGAAUCUUUAUGGAUUUUCUGCUAUUAUGUUUGGCUUGUGUAUGCCACAGGUGGAGUGUCUAGAGAAUGCCUGGAAUAUUUUAAGAAGGGUUUAUACUGACAACGCUUUUAUGUUCGAAGCUAAACUAAGGCCUUGCUUCAAGAGCAUGAACGAGGGAACAAAUCCUUUGCCACCAAACACAACGACACCCUAUGUCCUUCCUCCAGUGUUGAGCUUCCAUAUUUUUGAUGGUGAGGGAGGAGGGCUGAUACAGCCAGACGACACGUUCCCCAGCAGCUUGAUGAACAGCCUGGAGUUUGACUUCAACGCGACAGCUGCUCACUUGGACGCGGCCAGACACUUCCCCAACCAAAUAGACAUGUUCAAGCGCAACGCAAGGACUGUUGUUCAGGAGAUGUCUUCUUUAGGGCCAGUAUUAGACCCCACUCUUCUUGAACUCUUCAGAACAGAGUUCCACAUCAACUUCCUAUGGGGCGAGAGAGGAGCACUCACCACACCAAACCAGAGAUUCGCCCGCCUCACCGACAUAUUAACAGCAAUGGCAAAUAAAUUAGCCAGCCAACCACCAGAUUCCGAUGACGCCGUGUAG